AUGAAGUUCCUUUGUCACCACCAGAAAACAAAGGGGCAUCUGGCCACUUGGGCUGGGAACGAUGAGGUAAUCAUCGCCGAAUACUUCUUCUGGAAUGCUGGGAAGAACGAUCUUCAGAAAUCACAAGAGGGUCUUUUACGGUCUUUACUCUACCAGAUAUUACGACAAUGCCCAGAAUAUAUCCGAUUGGCUUUCCCUGGCGUCUGGCAGUGUCACAAUCCUACCAAGACUGGGUUUCCUGGAAACGCAGACAUCUCACUGGACUCCGAGAUGCCGUAUACCAUUCCCGAACUGCUGGAUUCAUUGAAAAAUGUAUGUGACCUUCAUACUCAGUCUGAGAAGCGACUGUGUUUCCUCAUCGAUGGUCUAGAUGAAUAUGUGGGGGAUUCGCGCGACGUGAUCAAGCUAGUAGAAGGUUUGAGAGAUCUCGAACAUGUGAAAUUAUGCGUGUCCAGUCGUCAAUGGAACGAAUUUGAAGAUGCCUUUGGCAAAAAUCGUACAGACAAGUUGUACAUGCAAGACUUCAAUCAUCAGGACAUCAACGCAUACAUCAACGACGUCUUCAAAUACGACAACAAUUACCAAGAGCUAGAGGACAGAGAGACACUCGGAAAGGAACUUAUUCUAGAAAUAGUUACCGCAGCGAACGGAGUGUUCUUAUGGGUAGUACUUGUUGUCAGGUCUUUGCAAGACGGUUUGUGUGAAGCAGACAGCAUCGCUCGUCUACAGCAACGCCUGCGCAAGUUGCCCACGAAUCUAGAAGAAUUGUUCGAGCGCAUACUUUUUCGAGACGUAAAGGAAUCGUACCGUAGCGAGGCUUCUCACAUGUUCUUGGUAGCACUAGAAGCGAAGGAAAAUCUUCCACUUAUGGCAUACUGGUUUCUAGGCGAAGAUCUACCAAAGCAGCGUCUACCACUAAAGAUGCAACAAAGAAUCAAACGGCACAAAGACGCGAAAAAGCGCUUGAUCGCGAGUUGCAAAGGUCUCCUAGAGCCUUCUUUUCGAUCAACGACCGAAGAGCAGGAUUCAUUACCUUCUGCGAUACUCUUCGAAUACACAGUGGACUUCCUGCACAGAACUGUACGAGACUACUUGCUUCUACCGACAACCGAUGUCAGACAGUGGGCAGAGCCGCAUUUCAAUCCAGAUGAGGCUAUCUGUAAAGCUCUCUAUUCGCAGAUCAAAACAGCGCCGCAUGGAAAGGAGUAUUCCUCUCACGUCUCAGCACUAUACCAAACAUAUGUCUACCAUGCUAAUGCAGUCAAAAACCUGCAUGGUAGCGAGAUGAAAAGUCAAUCACUCAGUGCAGAGCUUGUCGAUAUAGUCUCAGAGUAUGGAAUCGAGGUUGCCGACUCACCAGCAAUUGAACACACUCAAAUGCACGAUGUUAUCACUAUUUCGAAACCACACAACGUUGAAAAGCUAGAGGUUAUGACUCAAGAGUCCUAUAAUGCGACAUCUGAACGUGGGGCAAAGCCACACCAAGGACGGCCAUCAGUGAUGGAAAGAUUCGUUUCGAAAUUAAGUGUAGUAAAGACUAAACUAGUGGAGCCCAACGAAGACAAAUAA